AUGUUGGUUCUUGGUAAGGAUUCUGGUGAGAAGAGCGGCAAUGGGGAGGAUCGUUCACAGCCUAGGGCUGCUGUCUCGCCUACACCCUUUGUGAGAAAGACUUAUGCCAUGGUGGAGAAUCACCAGACAGAUGGUAUUGUUUCUUGGAACAGUACUGGAAAUGGUUUCGUUAUUUGGGAUGCUCAUAAAUUUGCUGCAGAAAUUCUUCCUUGUUAUUUCAAGCAUAACACUUUUUCCAGCUUCAUCUGUCAGCUAAACACAUAUGGCUUCAAGAAAGCGAGCUGGGAGAAGUAUGAGUUUCGCCACGAGUGGUUUCAGAAGGGGAGGAAGCGUUGGCUGAGGAAGAUCAGGAGGAGCAGUCGAACUGAUAGGCCAGCACGGAGGCAGGAUCAUCAGCAACAUCAACAGAAUGGAGAAGAAAUGAGUGUUCUUCAAAUGGAGAAGGAAAUCGAGGAAAUGCAAGGUGUGCAGAGGGGGAUUCUGAUGGAAAUCAAACGGCUCCAAGAACAACAAGAAAUUUUGGCAAAAGAGCUGCUCGGGAUGAUAAAGAAUGCCCCGAGUCUUGGGGGUAAGAGGAGACAACUGCCAAAGAUCAUGGCAGAAUCUCUUCUUGAGAGUAUAUGUGAGCUGGAUAGCAGUGGAGUCAUGCAAGAGAAAGAAAUCAAUGAGAAUAUCAGGAACGAGAUCGAUGAUCCAAAUGGCAAAACCCCAGAAGAACAAGACAUCACAAGACUGGAAACAUACGAUGGUUUGAACAUGGAGAAAUUGGUUGAGGAACGGCCAGACAUUGUGAUUGGACUGGACGAUCUAUUCGAAGGACCAGUCGAUUGGAGGAAUUAUAUAAAACAGUUAGGGGAGAAAGGAGCAGACAAUCUCAGAAUCAUGCCUUAA